AUGGCGCCAAACAGAGGCAUCGCCGCCCAUUUUGCGGCAUCCAAAGCUAGUAUCAGUCGCGCGCAUCGUUCAGUCAAGUCCAAAGCUACCGAAGAUGUCGCCACACCAGUCUCGCAGGCUGUAGCAGACAGUCCCUCACAGACAGCUGCGGCUGCGUCUAGUGGCGAACAGCCGAAAACAUCGACAAACACCACCCUUUCGAUGCCUGUCUCGCCCAAGAAACCGACACAGCGAAGACAGACUCGUACGCGUCUAAGGACACCCGAUGAAGGCGAAGUCGACCGUAUCAUGGCUGAAAACGAAAGCCUGCUUCAGUCGAGCCCAACAUCUCGACUCACAUCGUCGUCAAUACAACCAGAUAGCGAGCUUGUGACGCUCUUGGGUACGCCGCCAACUACUCCGCGUGCCUCAUCACGCUUCAGCCCGCUUCUCGAACCAUCUCAAACCUCUCCCAUCUCUGUACGCACGGACCCAGACACCAACAAGAUGUACCUCAUGCUGUCCAGAUCAUCGUCCAGCAAAUCGACCUCCUCUCCUGGCUCUCCCAACCUCGCGAGCAGCUCCAGUCCAACAAAGCGUAAAAUGACGACACCUCCUAAAUCUGCUUCUCCCAGCAAAACGCCACGGACGCUUACGGGCACGCCGCGUCGACUUAUUACUGGUGAAACGGAAUCGUUGGGGACCGAAGAAGAAGAUGGGCUUGUGCUUACACCAGGCCGAGCCAAGGGCACCAGAGUUAUGCUCGGCUCUCCCAGCAAGAGUCCGUUGCUGUCGAGGCUGGGCGAGACACCUAGGGCGCAGGCGCUACGUCGGAUCGUAGACGAAGAGGAUGAAGAAGCUCACAUCACGCCCCGUGGUGUGAGGCAGAAACCAAAAGGAGUCCCUCUCCCACCGAUGGCAACGGCAAAUGCUGCAGCGAUCUUUCGAGGCGCUCAGCUCCCCGCUUCUUCCAGUGUUCCGAAUCUGGCACAAAGCAGGCAGGCCGAGCCGGCCUCAUUGCCUUUGUCGUCCUCGCACACGGCUGGCUUGUCUCACGCCGAGAUCGACUCGGGCCUGUUGGCAGAAGAAGAUCAGGUCGAGCUGCCACAGUCAAAGCACGCACUCGCAUCCGACCUCCCCUUGCCGUCGUUCUAUUCGAGCCUGCUGUCCUUGCAUGUCGCACUGGAGCAUGCGCUGGUCGUACACCUCGCUACCGCAGGCUGUGCCAGUGCAACUCUCGAAUCAUCCGCUCAGUCUUCCGACGACGAACAUUCCGAUUCCGAGCGCUCUUCCAUCAAAGCCGAAACAAAACGUACAAGAACAGUUCGACUGCCCAAUCUCAUCUCGUUCACCGCGCUGCGGCCGCUUGUCGAGCGAUCGGGAGGACGACGUCUCGGCCCUACCGAGCUCAAACGUCUCGCCAGUGUUUGGAUGGAUUUCCAACGCUCUUCCAUCAACCAACGACAAGCCUCCGUGGACGAAGAGGAAGAGGUGCGAGGAUUGGGUUUCAUCAUCUCGAAAACGAGGAGUAUGGACCCUCGCACAGGUCGUCGUGCCCUUGAUUGGGGUAUCGGGAUCGAGCUCGAGAUCAAACGCACCAUUCGGCCACGCACACCUCCCACUCAGGUCAACUUUGGUGGUGUUGAAGUCCAGUCUUCUCCCGUAUUGCCCUCGUCAUCCGGAGGCUUUGACGAGAGCGUUCUCGGGACACCCAAGAUGCCUUCGAGAGCCACGACACCACCUCCUUCCGAGCGUAAACUUCGAUCUCCAUUUUUACAAUCCUCGUCACCACUUCUUUCCUCGCCGCGAAGGAAACUCGCAGCAGCUUCGCCGACGCCCCUCGCCAGUUCACCCAAGACUCGCAGCACCGUAAGCUCAGCCAAAGCAAGGGAGGGGAUGUCUCUGGUAGCGAUGUGGAACAACGGCUUGGAAACGCGCAAAGCUGAAGUAGGAAGGAGGUUGAGAGAGCGUUGUGCCCGAUACCAUCAGUUGUGGCUGGACGAGAGGGGAAUAUCCGUUGCUCCAGCUUCUGCCGUGAAGAGAGAGGAGCUUGGGGUGGAAUCGGCUACUCCAUCGCGGAAGCGGGAAAAGAUGGUCGGCUUAGGCAUCGCGUCUGCUGGUGACAGUGAUCGCGAGGACGACGAUGACGGGCUUGCAGCACCGCCGCGAGACGCGGUCAUGGGAGCGGGAGGCCUCUUCACUCCGUCAGCCACAAGAUCCGGUGGGAGACGUCUUGGCAAGCGUACUUUCCACAUGGAUCCCAGCGAGAUUGACAACGCGGGGCUCACGGAUGACGACUCUGACGGUGCAGAAGGCUUAACGGGACCGACGCUGCAGGGCAAACAAUCGCUCAUGGACGAGGUUUCCACCACCGUUGUCCGCAGCUCUAGGUCGAUGCCUCAGUUGCCGGUCGCUUCCGCAUCUACCACGGACGUGGGCGAGAUCCCUCCCGAAGGGUCGACAUUGCACCACUGGCAUUCGGACUUUCCGCUCGACGAUCCAUCCAUCGUUCGACCAGUUCCGCUCGCUACACUCCCCUCGCUCACGAUCCCACUUGCAACGCCGCAUCGCAACAAGGACAAGUCCCUCCUCCCCUCCGCCUCCGCCCCUCUCACCCCGCAGAAACCAGUCAAAUUCAUCACCGCCGUCCCUCCCACCCCGUCCGCCUCCACAGCAGGUAUGACGCUUCGCGAGCGCAUCGCAGCCAAAGAACAACUUCGACGCACCGCCUCGCUGCCCUCUCUGUCCCAGAGCGGCUCGUCGCUGACACCGAUGCAGGCGCUGUCACAGCGAGCUCUCGUCUCCCGUCUACCCGAACUCUGCUCCAUCCUCUUCAUGCUCUUCUCCAACGGCACGACUCUUUCUUCAACCGGCAUCACUCGAUCCCCUACACUGUCGAUGCAGGAUCUGCUGGGCAAGUUGGCGAAAAGCGUAAAGAUCCAGAUGAGCACCAGAGAGUGUAGACAGGCGAUCGAUGUGCUCGGCAGAAUCGCCCCUGGGUUCUUGGUCGUGAUCAAUUCCGGUGGCGAAACCAGUUCAACUGCUGUGGGCAAGGAGUUUGUGAGGAUGGGAAGCAAUUCAGACACAGGCGCGGUCUGGAGGUUGAACGAAGUGCGCGCCAAGAUCGCCGCCGAGCUCAACCGCGGCUGA